UCCCCCCUUGUGCAGGAUCCUGCUCCAGCAGAAGCACAGCUGUUUACAUUUUCCAUUUCAGGGGAGGCUCCCGCCUUCCUUAUCGGACGUUUCAAACCAAGACAAGGUGCUUCUUGGGAAUUAGGCAGCAGCUUCCGCCACCUAAACCCCACACUGCUACAAACUCAGCCCCGUGUGGGGUGAGCGGCGCGGGGGCAGCACCGGGGGCCAGGAGAAGCCGCAGCGAUGGCAGAACGGAAAGUGCUGAACAAAUAUCACCCCCCAGCCUUUGAUCCGGCCAAGAUCCCGAAGCUGAAGCUCCCGAAGGACCGGCAGUACGUGGUGAGGCUCAUGGCCCCCUUCAACAUGAGGUGCAGGAGGUGUGGGGAGAACAUCUGCAAGGGCAAGAAGUUCAACGCCCGCAAGGAGACGGUGCAGAGCGAGCCCUACCUGGGGCUGCCCAUCUUCCGCUUCUACAUCAAGUGCACGCGCUGCCUGGCUGAGAUCACCUUCAGGACAGACCCCGAGAACGCAGAUUACGCCGUGGAGCACGGCGCCACGAGGAACUUCCAGGCAGAGAAGCUCCUGCAGGAGGAGGAGAAGAGGAUGCAGAAGGAGAGGGAAGAGGAGGAGCUCAACAAUCCCAUGAAGGUCCUGGAGAACCGAACCAAGGACUCCAAGCUGGAGAUGGAGGUCCUGGAGAACCUGCAGGAGCUGAAGGAGCUCAACCAGCGCCAGGCCAGCGUGGAUUUUGAGGCCAUGCUGAAGCAGUUCAAGGAGCUGGAUGAGGAGCAGAGGCGCAAGGAGCAGGAGGAGGACAAGCAGGAGAUGAAGGCCGUGCUGGAACAGGCCCAGAACCGCCGGCUCCUGGUGGAUCCCGACUCUGACGAGGAACUGGCAAAACGCUGCCCGAAUCCCACGGCCCAAAGAAAACCCAUGGACACCCUGCAGGAGCACCCCCAGAGCAAGAGGCCGAGGCCGGCGAGCUGGGAGCACAGCGUGGGCAAGCUCAGCACCAAGGCCCAGCUGGCCAGGCUGGUGGCCCGCAGGAAGCAGAAGCCAGGUCCUGCCCUGGACAAUGGGAUGGAAUCCCGAGGCACCACGGCCACCACCGGCUCGCUUCCAGCAGCAGCAGCAGCAGCCAUGUCUUCACUGGGGCUGCUGGGAGCCUACGAGGACAGUGCCAGCGACUGAGGAGCCAGCAGGGCAGGGACAGAGCACGGACAGAGCAGGGAUGGGGCUGUCCCCGCGCCCUGAUGCUCCUGGAGCCCCACACUGUGGUGACAGGGCUGUCCUGCCACCACCAGCCCCCUCAGAUGUCCCCUGGAGCUCAGGGACAAACCUGGGACAAACCUCUCCUCGCUCUUCCGAGCCUGCUGGGCUCCAGCAGCCAGAGCUCUAGAAUAAAUGGGAUCUGGCAGAAAAAA